UCUCACUUCUCGCGACGAACUCUUAGUAGGCUACUAUCACACACGUUCGGGGUGCAGUUCGUGUCGUCUGCAGCGUGGCCGAGAACCGUUACGGACUCGAUUGACUUGCUCUUCUGCUGGCCAACAUACUUGGAUAUUCAAAUGAGCAGAUCAAGCUCUGCGGUGCGACCUCGAACAAAGAGGAAUCGCAAAGUUGGCUGGACCAUUCAUUAUUAACGGUCGGUUUAGUUCGGUGGAAGCUAGUUUGCCUUGAACCAGUGCCAGGAUCAGUUGUGAACUCCCCCGUCGAUCGUAAUUUGAUUACCGAACUGCAUAAAUCAAUUUAGUGAGCUGCUUCCGGGUGAGAGUACAAUUUUUCGCCGCCUACUGCACUCAAGUUUGAUUCACGACCACAUUACGCGAACCGAUCUUCCCCGGGCUGAUAUUGAAAUUGAUUGGUUUUCGUAAUACCUUUUCGUCGUUUACAGGUCAGACAAACAAACAAAAAAAAAAAGCGCGCACGGUAAGCCAUCGCCAUUCGCAUCCAGGAGGGACCAUUUUUCACGCUUUGCUCAAUUCAAUUUCCACCAGCGGAUCGAAUCAACAAUGGCGGUAAUGAUGGCAGGGAUUUUCUGGCUGGCCAUUAUUUUCUCAUUAACGGCCGUAGGACAGAAGAUUGAUUCUGAGUCGUACUCGAGUCUUGCCGGAAUCAGCCGGACUACCCGCAGCCUCGCAGAUGAUGAUAAAUUAAAAGUGACCGUUUAUUACGAAACGCUUUGCCCCGAUAGUGUGUCAUUCAUCACGUAUCAGCUGGUGCCGGCAUGGGGACGGUAUCGGGCCCAGAUGGACCUGAAGCUGGUUCCCUUUGGGAAGUCUUAUAUCGAUGAGUCCAAUCCGUCUCGGCCGGUCUACCACUGUCAGCACGGUCGAAAGGAGUGCACUCUGAACAUUCUGCACGGGUGCAUUUUGGACAAAUUACCCUUCGAUAAAGCGUUUGCCGUGGUGGGCUGUUUGAUGCAAAGUAUGCGAACGUCGUUUGAUAAGUGCAUCGUUCUACAUGAGACCGCGAAGGCGGAAAUUCAAGAAUGUGCCCGUGGGAAUCAAGGGGCUAAGCUGUACAAGCGAUUCUCGGACGAGACUAAUCGGGUGGCGACGCCGCUGUCAUUCGUUCCUACCAUCGAAGUUAAUGGGGUUUAUGACAUUUUCGAACAAGACCAAUGGUUGUAUCGAUUCGAUCGUACCUUUCGGCAGGAGUAUGGGAAAAAGUUUAACCAGACCUUGUGAGAAUGGAAGUACCAUAAAUGUUUGUAGUGAGUAAAUAUCAUUGAAUUAAAAGCAGUUCUUAGAUGAAAA